AUGAUGAUAUAUCCCCCCAGCAAAGCAGCCACCAAGCGUCGUAGCCUGCGUCACAUGAGUCCCCCAUCCGCAACUUCAACACCUCCAUCAUCACCGGCAUCUGCACGUGAACCGGCACCGGCAUCUCCUGUUCAGAUAAAGGAUGCCGAAGACAGUGUUGAAUUGGAGCAGAAGAAGAUUGAGAAUGAGAAUGAUCCGCCGAUAGAGAACAUUCUUCAUGAGGCAGUUGUCGAGAAUGAGAAGGUUGUUGAGGAUCCGCCGAUAGAGAACAUUCUUCUAGAGGCAGUUGUUGAGAAUGAGAAGGUUGUUGAGGAUCCGAAUGACAACCUUGUUGAAGAUUCUAUUGAAGUGGAGAACAAAGAAGAAAAGAAGGUGGGGAAGAAGGUGGGGAAGAAGGUGGGGAAGAAGAAAGAGGAAAAUGAUGAAGAUGAACUGAAAAUAUGCAAUACUCCUUCUCCUCUUCCUAAGAAAGACAUAUUGGUCACGAGAAGGAAUAGGAGGCCGAAGAAUGAUCCAGAUUUCACCGACCCUAAUCUGAAACAGCCCAAGUUAAAAGAUCCUAUCACCAUCAAUCCACUUCUAAAAUAUGACGAUCAACUUCUUCAUCAAUUGCAAACAUGGCUUAAAGAUCCAAAAACUGACGACACAAAAAUUGAGCUCCAUACUACGUUAGGUGAUAAAGCAUUAUUUCGUCAAUUGCUAAAAAGGUUCACCUGGCUGCAAGAUGAUGAAAUCGAUGCAGGCUGCUUCAUUCUGAGAAGAAGAUCUUGGCUAUAUCCAAAGACAUAUAAGAAGAACUUCUUUAUUGGAGAUUGUUGGCUCCACACCAGGUUCACUGCUGGUUACCCUGAAUUUAAGAAAAGUCGUAUUGAGUAUGACAUUGAAAACUUUUUCGAAUACUUCUUGGGCAAUGAAAACAACUUUAUGAAUAGUUGGAAAGUAUGCGAUCAUAUAUAUAUUCCUUUGAACAUCAAAGACGUCCACUGGAUACUUUGUGUUGUCCGUCUACAGCAAUGGCGCGUAGACGUAUAUGACUGCGAUCCUGGAUGUUAUGCUAAUCUUGAUGAAUUUGUGCUACCGAUGUGCGAAAUGAUUCCGGUUAUAUUUGACAAGGCAUUGUCUUUUGAAGAUAAACAAAGAUUUCCUCUGCUUAACCCUGAUUUCGUUUUGCCAUACAUAAGACUUCCAGAGUCAGAAGUCCCCAAAGCAACUAAGAGUGGAGAUUGUGGUGUCUUUGUACUAAUGUAUAUUGAGUACUUGACUGCAAACCUGAAUCUAGCAGAAGUGACCUCAAAUGAGAUGAAAGCUUGGAGAGAAAAGUGGGCAGUGAGGUUAUUUCAUGGACUUGUAGAUCCAUAG